GGUGGGCAAUGGGCAAAUUGAUCUGGACCGGGCAAGCUGAACCUAGUGUCAGAGCAGCAGUAGAUUGGCAACUAAGCUUCAAGGAAUAAGUGAUUAUUGUGUUUGGUUUAUAUCAGAAAUUGUGCUGUAAAAAGUGUGUCAAAAAGUGAAAAUGGAGUUUAAACGGACACUUCUGCUUACGAUGCUGACAACAUCAUCUUUCUUCCUGCAUGUGUCGGCAAGCUUCAUUUGCCCAAAGUAUGACACUUCACGACAGUUAUCUUCUCUAUACGCAAUGCCUCACAGCCAAACGGGCUAUGUGACAUGUGUUGGAAGGAUCAAAAUCGCUGCCCACUGUCCGGAGGGAUCGGUGUGGAGUGAUGCAGUGAAAACAUGCGUUCGACAAUACUCCUCCUCGGGAGUUCAGGAGCGAACGAGACGAGAUACCGCAAUAGAAACAGUGACCACAUGUGCAACGGUUUGCCCGCAAGUGUUCGAUCCGAGGAAGCUUGUGCUUGUGGAGCAUAGUUCUUGUACGAAAUAUAAUCUGUGCGUUCUUGGGCUGAUGCUGACUGUAUCGUGCCCGAAUGAUUUGCGGUUCAAUAAGGAGCGGUGUGAAUGUGAUUUCAAGGAAAAGGUUUAUUGUGAAGGUGAAGAUCCCGUGACGACAACAGUGGAUUAUUCAUCAACCACCGAUGCGACGACAGUUUAUGAUUCAACAACAAAAGAUUCCACAACAGAAGAGUCUACCACUGAAGUCGCAACAUCCGAGUCAACGACAGAAGAUUCUACAACAGAAGAAUCUACUACUGAGGUCGCAACAUCCGAGUCAACGACAGAAGAGUCCACUACAGAAGAGGCUACCACUGAGGUGAUAGUAUCCGAGUCCACGACAGAAGAUUCUACAACUGAAGAAUCUACCACUGAAGUCGCAACAUCCGAGUCUACGACGGAGGAUUCGACAACAGAGGAGUCCACCACUGAGGUGACAGUAUCCGAGUCCACGACAGAAGAUUCGACAACAGAAGAAUCUACCACUCAAGUCGCAACAUCCGAGUCUACGACGGAGGAUUCUACAACAGCAGAAUCUACCACUGAGGUCGCAACAUCCGAGUCAACGACAGAAGAGUCCACUACAGAAGAGUCUACCACUGAGGUGACAGAUUCGACAACAGAAGAAUCUACCACUGAAGUCGCAACAUCCGAGUCUACGACGGAGGAUUCUACAACAGAAGAGGCUACCACUGAAGUUACAGUAUCCGAGUCUACUACGGAGGAUUCUACAACUGAAGAAUCUACCACUGAGGUCGUAACAUCCGAGUCAACGACGGAGGAUUCUACAACAGAAGAGUCUACCACUGAGGUCGCAACAUCCGAGUCUACGACGGAGGAUUCUACAACAGAAGAGGCUACCACUGAAGUUACAGUAUCCGAGUCUACUACGGAGGAUUCUACAACUGAAGAAUCUACCACUAAGGUCGCAACAUCCGCGUCAACGACAGAAGAGUCCACUACAGAAGAGUCUACCACUGAGGUGACAGUAUCUGAGUCCACGACAGAAGAUUCUACAACUGAAGAAUCUACUACUGAAGCCGCAACAUCCGAGUCAACGACGGAGGAUUCGACAACAGAAGAGGCUACCACUGAAGUUACAGUAUCCGAGUCUACUACGGAGGAUUCUACAACUGAAGAAUCUACCACUGAGGUCGCAACAUCCGAUUCAACGACAGAAGAGUCCACUACAGAAGAGUCUACCACUGAGGUGACAGUAUCCGAGUCCACGACAGAAGAUUCUAUAACUGAAGAAUCUACCACUGAAGCCGCAACAUCCGAGUCUACGACGGAGGAUUCUACAACAGAAGAGGCUACCACUGAAGUUACAGUAUCCGAGUCUACUACGGAGGAUUCUACAACAGAAGAGGCUACCACUGAAGUUACAAUAUCCGAGUCUACUACGGAGGAUUCUACAACUGAAGAAUCUACUACUGAAGCCGCAACAUCCGAGUCAACGACGGAGGAUUCGACAACAGAAGAGGCUACCACUGAAGUUACAGUAUCCGAGUCUACUACGGAGGAUUCUACAACUGAAGAAUCUACCACUGAGGUCGCAACAUCCGAUUCUACGACGGAGGAUUCGAUAACAGAGGAGUCCACCACUGAGGUGACAGUAUCCGAGUCCACGACAGAAGAUUCUACAACUGAAGAAUCUACCACUGAAGCCGCAACAUCCGAGUCAACGACGGAGGAUUCGACAACAGAAGAGGCUACCACUGAAGUUACAGUAUCCGAGUCUACUACGGAGGAUUCUACAACUGAAGAAUCUACCACUGAGGUCGCAACAUCCGAUUCAACGACAGAAGAGUCCACUACAGAAGAGUCUACCACUGAGGUGACAGUAUCCGAGUCCACGACAGAAGAUUCUAUAACUGAAGAAUCUACUACUGAAGCCGCAACAUCCGAGUCUACGACGGAGGAUUCUACAACAGAAGAGGCUACCACUGAAGUUACAGUAUCCGAGUCUACUACGGAGGAUUCGAUAACAGAGGAGUCCACCACUGAGGUGACAGUAUCCGAGUCCACGACAGAAGAUUUUACAACUGAAGAAUCUACUACUGAAGCCGCAACAUCCGAGUCAACGACGGAGGAUUCGACAACAGAAGAGGCUACCACUGAAGUCGCAACAUCCGAGUCUACGACGGAGGAUUCUACAACAGAAGAGGCUACCACUGAAGUUACAGUAUCCGAGUCUACUACGGAGGAUUCUACAACUGAAGAAUCUACUACUGAAGCCGCAACAUCCGAGUCAACGACGGAGGAUUCGACAACAGAAGAGGCUACCACUGAAGUUACAGUAUCCGAGUCUACUACGGAGGAUUCUACAACUGAAGAAUCUACCACUGAGGUCGCAACAUCCGAGUCUACGACGGAGGAUUCGAUAACAGAGGAGUCCACCACUGAGGUGACAGUAUCCGAGUCCACGACAGAAGAUUCUACAACUGAAGAAUCUACCGCUGAAGUCGCAACAUCCGAGUCUACUACGGAGGAUUCUACAACAGCAGAAUCUACCACUGAGGUCGUAACAUCCGUGUCAACGACGGAAGAUUCUACAACAGAAGAGUCUACCACUGAGGUCGCAACAUCCGAGUCAACGACAAAAGAAUCCACUACAGAAGAAUCUUCCACUGAAGUUUCAGUAACUGACUCAACUACAGAAGAUUCAACAACAGAAGAGUCUACCACUGAGGUCGCAACAUCCGAGUCUACGACGGAAGAUUCUACUACAGAAGAGUCCACCACUGAAGUGACAGUAUCCACUGCAUCUUCAACAUCUGAAGUGCCUACAUCCGAAUCAACAACGGAAGCGUCAACUCAAUCGAUAUCAUUAUCAACGAUUGAAGUAACACCAGAUGAAACGACUUCAAGUUCCUCCACAGAAACAACAACUGCUCUCCCAGUAUCUUCAAGUACGGAGAGAACGCCAGUGUCGGGUGCCGAAAUUGUUACCGGCAUUUCAAAAGCGUUUGAAAAAGUGUCGAGCAUUUUUGAAACAUUAGCCAAAAUAUUUGCAUCGGCCAUUAAGAGCAACUAGAAUGAUAGAAACAUGUUGUUGACUGAAUUGUAAAUUAUUUUUGUAUAUAAAAUUGUAACAACUCGUUUGACUUAAAAUAAUAAACACACACAAGUAUUAAAUAAAAAAACACUCAAGCAAAAGCAAA